CUCUGCAAACUUGGCAUUCGCAAUGGGAACUCCAGGGAAUCGAGGAUUUCCAACCAGACGACCGGUGAGGGCAUGCCUGGCAUGUCUUCUGGUCGCUGCCCAUACCUUUGUCCCGGCCGUUCGCCAGGCACGCGCUCCGGUGGCGCGAAGGGCCAAGGAGUCCGAAGAGCCCUACGACUGGCAGCGGGUUGGAGGGAAGACUGAGACCCAGCAGGCCUUGCCAGACCUGUCAGAUCUGCCUGACCUGCCCGACUUCUCGGAGGAGGACGGCGAGGAGGCCGCCGUGAAAGCCCAGGUAAAGGUCCGGGAGGUGAGUCUUCCCGAUGUGCCUGGCAUCGACGAGGAUUUGCUGCCCCCCGGGCCAAAUCCCUGGUCGGACGGCGGCUUGGGCUUCUUGGAGUGGACGGGCAUCUGGGCGGCGCUUCUGACGGUGGUCCUGGCCAUCGGCGCCGGGGGAUCCUUCUUCAUCGCCCGGCUGCAGCUGGAGCCCGCCACCGCCGCGCAGCUGUUAGAUGUGCUGAAGCCCCUGCUGAACGUUUAUCAGGUCUUGUUUCUGGCAAGAGUGCUCUUGGCCCAGUUUCCCAAGCUCAACACGACGGACAUGCCCUAUGCGAUUGUUCACUACCCCACGGAGUUCAUCCUCGGCCCCACGCGGUUGGUCCUAAAGCCUGAAGCCGGGGUAGAUGUGGCGCCAUUCGUUUGGCUGCUCUUUACAUCUUUGAUAGCCGAGCUGCUGACGGGGUCGUUCGGCAUCCUGCAGAUGGUCAAGGACUCUGCGCGGUCCAAGAUUGGAGAGCCCAUGCUAACCAUCCGGUGAGCGCGGUCAGGGGAGGGACGGCACCAGUGCUAGAGAUGCUCUCAAGUAGAGAACAGAGAGUCCCGAGAAUGGCAGAAAGC